AUGCCGACUUUCUGCGUCGAAUUCGCAGAGGGAGCAGAUAGUCAACGAGAGAUAGCAAGACAAGGAGCCACGAUGGCUAGUAAAGUGGUCGGAAAGCUCCGACAUUUAUUCGCCAUUAGAAAAAUUCGCUGGAGCUAUCGACACAAUCCUGUGGAGAAUUUGAUUAAAGCACGGUCAAGAAGUCUUGGUUUCAAUAUCCGUGGAGGAGUAGAUGCCCCGCACAUUCAAGGGGAUUGUGGGAUCUUUGUGACAAAGAUCCGAGAAGAUGGGUCUGCAUUUAAAGAUGGACAACUUAAAGAGGGAGAUAAAGUAUUAGAGGUGAAUGGUGUAGAUUUGUCCCAAGUCACACAUCAGGAAGCAGUAGCGUGUUUCAUUAAUUCAGGAGAGGAUGUAAAUAUGAAGGUUCAGCAGGGAGCUGAAGCUGUAAUUACGAAAAGACUAGAAGAUUCAAUGGUGAAGCAGAGUAAGACAAGUACACCAGACGAUAAGGGUGGAUCGUGGAAGCUUCCCAUGAUGCUCCUUUUUCUAGGUGUGGCUGGCGCAGGCGCCUUUUGGUAUUGGAGGAAAAGGUUUCGAUGAUACUGUGAUAACUUAAAAAUGUGUUAUAACUGUGGUAUGUUUGUCUAAGUGAUGAAACUGUACAAUAUUAUCUUUUAUGAGAUAUUCCCCAUUUGCGGAAAGCCACAAACUUUUACAACAUCAUGAGUUUUCCCUCAUUUUGAAGAGUUAGCUGUUAAAUAGCCAAUGUUAUCAUAUAAACUUAUUUUUGGGUGUUUUUUUUUUUUUGCACAAAGGGAGGUAAUUUGUAGUUACCAGUAGUUGGUAUCUUUAACACAGUCUGCUUUCGUUUAUCAAAAUCCAAACUGGAGUUGUUCUUUUAUAAAAAUAAGGAUGGUCUUGCACCAACAGAACACUGGCUAUAGUUGGGGAGACUAAACCUAGCAAUAGGCAGUCAUGUAUGUGGAAAAACAGUUAAAAUGACUGUCAAGAAACAAUUGAAAAAACAAUUUGUUCAUUUAAAGGAAAAGGACACCAUAUUUCCGCAAAUGGGGACUACACAUAUGUAUAUCGGGCACCUGAUUAUAAUCUUGACACAUCACAGCAUGUGUGUCUUACCCAGUUAUUACUCAUAUGUGUACAGAAGCACAAGUAUACAGAAUUACAAUGCAGUUCAGAAUUUAGUUUGUGCCUUGCUAUUUUCCAUAUUUAAGCAAUAAUGUAACGGAAAGUAUGUGAUAACUGGUUUAUAGCACAAAUGGUUUUUAAUGACUACUAUAGGUGACUUUGUUGUCCUUUCAGAGUGAUUUUUGACAGUUAAUAAAUGUCUACUUAAGAGACAAAUCCUUUAUUGACCAGGGUAAAACUAUAAAGAUUUUAAGUUAUUGCCCUUUCAAAUUUUUUAUCAUGAAAAUUGUAUUAACUAUGGUAUAUAAACUAAAUUAGUUUCAGGCUAGUAAAAUGCAUUUUUAACAGACUAAGAGCAUUUAUGGUAGAUUAGAAAUUUGGCUGGACAGAAAAUUAACAUUUGUCAGCUAAUUGAAUAUAUCAUGUUAUUCUGGAAAUCCAGCUGUGAAAUGUGCAAAAUGCAAUGUACAAUCAUACAUGUACUAAUAGUAUGACCACGUUCUUCAUUCGGACCAGUUAUUUUGAGUGAUUAAUUCUAAAAUCAGCCAAAAAUCGUGUAUAUUCUAGUAAGAAUUAGUAUCUAUUAAGGUAAAAUUGAGAUCAAAGUAGAUAGAUUUGAUGCAUGAUUACAUGAAUUUUGUGUUUAAUUGUGGGCUGAUAUGAUUAUUUUUUAUUGAAAAUUUGAGUCUGAAUGGUAAUUUGGUGUUAUAUCAUACUGUAUUAUCCUAGAACAGUGUCUCUUGAUCAACAAGAUAAUUAAGGAUGCUUCAUCCUCUUUUGUUAUAGUUUUCGUUAUUUGGAGGUGGAUGAUCCACAUGUUGUUUCGAUGAAGUGCAUGCUUCCAUGGUACUAACUGAAAAAUCAGUUUAUAUGUCGAUAUGUGGCUAUUUAAGAGUGAGAAAACCGUCCUUUUUGGAACCAAAUUGUUCUAUAAAUAUACAGUAACUCUAGAGGAAGUAUUCCAUCUCCAAAUUUUUUUUCGUUCAAAUUGAUAUUUUUAAUAAUAUUAUUAUUAGCUUGUAAUAACAGAAUAUCAUGGAUUUCAAAUAUACUAUAGAAUAAGCCUACUGUUAAUACUAUUGAACAGUAAGAAAAAAACAAUAUUUAUACCUGCCUAACAUAUACUUCUCUGCUAUUUCUGCCUUUAUGUAUUGCAUUUGGCCGCUGAUGAUCACCAACAUUGAUCAUGAUUAAAAUGAAAUUGUCUAUUAUAGAUAUCAAUACACUGAUGAAAUGUAUUAGUUUAUAAAUGCAUGUUGGAAAUUAUAUUUUAUAAAUUAUUACCCCGGUAACUAAAUUUCUAAAAUCUUUAAUUACAAAUAUCUUCUCUAAAAAAAAAAUUAAAAAAAAUGAGCAACUCUAUAAUAUGUGUAAUAAUGUAUAAGAUAAAAAAUUAUAAAAGUGGAAUUUCAUUUUUUGUUGGGUAUACUUUGGCUUCUCGAACUACAUAUUUGGUCUCCAUGACAAUGCUAUAUAUAAGAUUAUUCAUGAACUAGAAUGUUAACAGCAUUGUGCCAGCUGUGUGCCAUAAUUCACAAGUACGAUGUACAUGAUAUUGAUCUCACUUUUGAACUGUUCAAUAUUCGUAGUAUAGGUACAAAAUAUAUAUCUGUAUAACACUUAAUAUAAUCAUGUACAUAAAGACGAGAAACAGAUGGCAAUCUGUUCUGGGUUUAUAUUAAAUGCAAAUUUUUAAAAUUAUGUUUUUCAAAUUUUGUAGCUCUAGUAGGAAACUGUAGCGAAAUAUAUACCGGCAGCUAGGUGCAGGAGUUGAUAUCUUAUGAGGCUAUGGGUUUUUCUCACUGAAACAAGUGAUAAGCUUAUGUUGUAGCUUUAACAUCACAUUAUAGGUAUUUCAAACUUACAAUGGAUUGGGGUUUGUAGUCUUCCUUGUAGAUAUUUCAAACUUCCAAUGGAUUGGGAUUGCAUGGUCUGAGGAAUUACUUUAACACUGUGAAAGAGAUAUGAUUCUAAAGGAUUUGAUGUCUGUAACUUGUAAUGUUCAAUUCUUUUUGAUAUAUCAACAAAAUCUACAUGUACUUAAGUUCUAUUUGGAUGUAGUUUAAUGUGUAGACAUUUAAAAUGGUGCAAAAGGAAGCCAUUUAACAGAUGAUGCUAUGCCUGUUUCAACGUUUUAAAGAUUUGUAAUAAUUCAUUGCUUCAGGAGGCUUAGAAUCUAAUGAUAGAUGUGGAUCGACAAUCUUGUUCUCUGUUUGAAAGCUUAAGCAGAAUUUCAGCAAGGUAUACAAGUCUUAGCCUAAAUUAUACUGGGAACACAAAUUGUAAAAUUUCAUUUACUGGAUGAUUUUUUUUUUCAUUUCUUGAAGAUAGAAAUGUAAGAAAGUUUUUAGUUGAAAUUAUGCUUCAAUACAAUAGUGAGUAUUCAAAUUGUACUUAAAAUUACGGUGUCAAAAUUUCCAUUUCAUAUUGCAUGAUUUAACGACCAUUAAUUAAACAUGUGUAGGUACCGAAAAUUAGUUAAUAGUGAUUUGGAAUCCUGUUUGUAUAAUCUUUACCCAACUUGUAACAGCUUUGUAUUAAUUUCAGAUUCUUUUAGCUUAAAAAAUGAUUUAUGUAUUUGAUCAUUGCCAACCUUAUUUGUUAUGAUGCAUGGAUAAUAUGUUUGUGCGAACAGGGGCUUGACACAUUAACAAUCAUAGUCUAGAUAUGUGAAAUACUGGUAUGUAAUAAUUCACAUACUGUACUAGAGUUGAGAAUUUAUGCCAAGUCCCUGUGUAUUAUGUCUGGAUGUUUUUAACCAUAAGAACUUGACAAGUAUGACUUGUUUCUAUGUUCUAUUUUUUUUUUAUGAUUUGUUUUUUCAUAUUCAGUUUGCAUAAGCACUGCUCUGGGGCUAAGCUAGUAGUCUACAUGAAUGUGAUUUUUGUUUUCUCAGUCACAAUUUUAUCAUUCCAUUUAUACUUUAUAUUAUGUAUCCCACACCUUAGUUACUGUAGAAUUCCUUUACUCAGAAAUUGGAAAUUGUCUGUUUCUGUUCAGAAUAUUUCAUUACGAACUUUGGUACCUUAUGAGUCUAACUUGUGGAUGUCAAUUGAAAUUGUCAGUUUCAGAAAAAGUUUCAAUGUUUUGUUCUAAAGUAGCUUACAAGGUCUUUGAUUAUGUUUAAAGUUAGGAAUGUUCCUCUGUAUAUGUAUGAUAUAUAAAAAAACCUUACAACUUCUGCCUAAUUCUCCUUCCUAGAAUUUAAAUCCAAGCUUCACACUGUCCAUUUGUGCGAAGGAAGUAUCCUUCUUGAUAACUCAUCUUAGAAAUUUUGUGAUUUAAAACAAAAACAAACAAAGAGGGAAGGAAUUCUUCUUUAAGAAUACCAUUUUAGGGGGAAAAUAUCCAAAAGUGUCAAUGUUGAUGAUGGAAUGUUGAUGUUUUAUGUAUCAAGCUGGUAUAUUAUUGUACUGUAUAAUAUGGAGUGAUUUGUUAUUUUCGUAAAGUAUGCACAAAAAGAUACCAUAUAAAUCGCACUGUUGUUUAUAAUUUUAAGAAUGUUCUUUCGGGAAAUGUACAUCUGUGUAUACUUGUACUUCACAUGCAAGUUGCUUUACUGAGUUAACAUUUGAACUAGUGAAAGAAAAUAACCAGUAUUUAAAAGAAUUAUUUGCUAAAUUAACGUGUGUUCAUCUUUGAAUUAAUUAACAAGACUGUAAAUAUGGAGGAAAGUUUGUUUGAUGGAAAGUUUUGAUUAGGACUAAAGAUUUUGACAAAUAGAUGUGUUGCAUAGAUGACGAGAUAUUGCUACAUUUAAUUUGUUUUUAGUAUGAACUCGAAAUAUCUUGAAUUUAUGAAUGUUAUGCAUAAAUGUAAAAUGAAUGACAUUUUGUGGUGAUGAAUGUUUUUAUCUUCUGUUGGUCUUUGAUGUUUUUGUAGUCUGUUUUUUUUGUAUAGGAUAUCCUGAACACAAUUCUGUUUUAAUAUAAAUAUGUGUUUAAUAAAUCUUUCCUGUUAUCUUUA